CUCGCGUUCACGGCCCAAAGCUCCCUUGUCCCAUCUGUGCAUCGGGCUUGCGUCCAGGCCAGACUUUAUCCAAGUCUCUUCUUCUUACCACCACCUUGUUUCUCUGUUUUCUUCUCCAUCGCAUUACUGUCGCCUUCUUCUGCUUUCUUUAUGCUCUCCAUACUCAUUUAAAUCGUGGUUCUGCGCGCUGUAUCACUAUCUACUGACAUUUUGGCUGUGUCUCUGACACACCAUCCAGUUCACUGUUUCACCUUACACCUUGAUUUCGUCUCGACAUGUCUACACUAGCCGCCGCCAAUAAUUUGUUCCAUGUUCACGACAACCCCGCUGAUCCGUCUUCAAAGCCAUCUUCUCCAUCUUCGCCUACAUCUUCAUUUCAGGUCCAACAGUCGGUUCCUCGGUCUUUCAUGACCACAGUAAGAGGACAGAGCUCUCCGUUUCCCUCCACGCCGACUUCGAGCCACUCAAGCGCUGCCAUGGAACCUCCGCCAGGUGUCACCUACUGUGACUAUAUCCGUAUGUGGACCGAUGCCCAUGUUGCACGCUGGCUUGCGGAUAUUAAAUGUGGCAGCCAUGCCGCCACUUUCAAGGCAAAUGAUAUCCGAGGUGACAUUCUUCUUGAAUUGGAUCAGACAACACUUCAAGAAAUGGGAGUGGGCAGUAUUGGGGAUAGGUUCCGGAUCCUGCAUGCUGUGAAGGCUUUAAGGCAGAAAGCCUCGUCGAAGCCCGUUACUUCUCCUGUCCUGGAGAUCAACAGAUCGCGGUUGGUAACCAGUCUUGAGGAUUCCAUGACAAUUGCUAUGCCGUCAGAUCAAAGCGUCUCUUCAUUGACUGCACGCAGGCUGGAGAGUGGCAGACCCGCGCCUCUGUUACUGGGCUCUAACCCCAAUAGAAACGAUUUGCCUCGACUAAUCCGCGACCAGCAAGCACCAGAUUCGGCGAAAGCCAAUGUUCCUCCAGCUCAUGCUAUACGUCCACUUCCCCAGCCUAUCGCAGGUUCGUCUAGCAGUGCCCAUCCCGGUUCUACUAGGUCUGGAUUGCCCCCGCUUCCCCCUCCUCCCCGUGGGCAACCCCCUUUGCCACCUCCCGGACGUCCUCCCGUCCGUGGACAUUUCCAAACUUCACAAUCAAAUGGUCGGCGGACGCCAACCCAGACUGAUCAUGUACCCAUGUACACAACACAAGCGCUACCUCCUGCUCCCUCAAACCAAGCCCUUCUAACACCUUCACCGGCUUCGAACUGGUCUGGCUAUCACCUUCCAGCCGAUCCACGUCCUGGAAACCCGGGGGGUGCUAAGACACCGCAAGCCAUUCCACGUUCAACAUCACCACUUCCUCGUGCCGGAGGUCGUGGUACUAAUGCAUCUAAUCCAGUUCAUGGCAGGAAUGGGUCGAUAGGUCUCAACUCUCCAGUCUCAUCUAGUCCCGCUACCAAGCAACUAAGGUUAGGUGGAGGAUCGGCACACCCAUAUGCCACAAGCCAGGCUGCUGCGUCAGGAUCAAAUCCCUCCCAAGCUGCAAACCUCUCACCUAUAGCCGAAGGGUUCGGAGCAACAGGUACUUCACCUCCCACCUAUGCAGUUGGGCGUGGACCGUUUAACCCGAGCACACCUUCACACACAAAUGCGCCGUCCUUAGAUGAUUUGAGACGGAAGUUGGUCAAAAUCGCCCUUCCUGAUGAGGGUCUCACGUAUACCAUUGACGUCGAUAACUGCGCAGGUGGUGUUGAAGUUCUUGAGAAGGUACUGAAGAAAUUUGGCAAGCGUGGAGCGCGUCAUUCAGACUCGGAGGGUGUGGACAGUAUGCACACGGAAGACGGCGGGCUUAGUGUUGAUGGCUGGGGCGCGUAUCGGGAUGAUGGAACUGGGCCAUUGGAUGAGGCUGCACUGCUCUCUUAUUGCCAUGCCUCGCUUGAUCAUCCAGCCAGAGACAAGCCCUUAUCAUUGCGGAAGAUUGCAAAGGCUCGUCGCGAGGAUCGGAAUAGUCCGCCUUCUCCACCCCAUGGUCGUUUCCCUGGAGGUCAAACAUCUAAGAGUACGAAGCGAGCCAGCUCCAUCAGUAUACUCAGUGGUUUAGGUGUCCGCGAUCCUGAAAAGGCUCUGGAGCCACCUUCUCCUACGCAUUCUGGUUCCGGCAGGUCGAGUCCUGCCACUACUCAUAGCGCAAAGCGACCAUCCAAGUUGCGAAAUUUCUUCGGACAAAGACCUCCGAGUGAACUUAUUACGACUCACUUAACGGAAUAUUUCCCCUUCACAGAGAAGAAGGUCCUUGAGCGCACGGCGAGACACAGCAUGAUGCGAGCAGGCACGACGCGGGAUAGCGCCUCUUCUUAUAAUCCACCGUUGCCUUCUAGAUUUAGCAGCAGUACCCUUGCGUCUCUUCCACGAACCUCGGUAUCGACUUCCCGUACUUCUUUGUCGUCUAAUGCCGCCCCGCCUUUACCCGAAAAGCCCUUUUCUGAUAGUGGUAAUACAACACCGGCUGAAGACAUUCCUCGUGUAUCUCUUUCCACUGAAGACGGUCGUUCCGUAAAUCUUCAUGAUACUGCGGACAGCGCAAAUAAUCAUCCGGAACUUCUUCCCCCCAUCCCGUUCCCAACAGAAUCGUUCUCGGAAUCUCUGGAAAGCCUGACUGGGGCCAACCGUCGUAUGUCUAGAGCAUUGUCUACGGCGUCGCGAGCUUCUCGUCGGUUGAGUUACAUGACCGAACUCCGAAGUAAGAAAGACCGUUCUGAUACCGCAAGUCUCAUGACGGUGGAUGAGAUCACAAAGGAAGUCGAAAGUCGGAGAAGAAAUACAGGCGUUUUCGAUAGAAGCUCAGAGGAACCUGACGGUUGGACUCAGGUUGAAAAUGAGGAUGGCGCCGAUGAGAACGAUGAAGAACCUGAUGAAGAGGAGUACACGGAUAGUGAAGAAGACGGUGUCGUGUCUGGUCCAGAAAGUCCUACCUUGGAUGAGGAUGAUGACCACAUCACAGGUGUGGCGAUGCGCAAAGCAAACAAAUGGAUUAAGGGUGCGCUCAUCGGUGCGGGAUCCUUUGGGAAGGUCUAUUUAGGAAUGGACGCCUCGAAUGGUCUUCUUAUGGCAGUCAAGCAAGUGGAGCUGCCGACUGGUUCGGCUCCUAAUGAGGAACGCAAGAAGAAUAUGCUGAGUGCCCUGGAACACGAAAUAGAACUGCUUCAAGAUUUACAGCACGAAAAUAUAGUGCAAUACCUCUACUCAUCACUUGAAGAUGACUGCCUCAACAUUUUUUUGGAGUAUGUACCGGGAGGAUCAGUCACUGCACUGUUGCGCAAUUAUGGCGCCUUCGAAGAGCCUUUAGUCAAGAACUUUGUCCGCCAAAUUCUACAGGGUCUCAGUUAUCUGCAUGAGCGUGAUAUCAUUCAUCGUGACAUCAAAGGUGCCAAUAUCCUUGUUGAUAAUAAGGGAGGCGUCAAGAUAUCAGACUUUGGCAUAUCUAAGAAAGUUGACGUCCAAGUGCUUGCUGGUAACAAUCGCGUUCAUCGACCAUCGCUGCAAGGAUCAGUAUUUUGGAUGGCACCUGAAGUUGUCAAGCAAAGUGGGCAUACACAGAAGGCUGAUAUUUGGAGCGUGGGUUGUCUCGUUGUCGAAAUGCUCACUGGCGAGCACCCAUGGGCACAACUCACCCAAAUGCAGGCUAUAUUCAAGAUUGGAUCGUCAGCGAGGCCGGCUAUUCCCUCUGACAUAUCUUCAGAAGCUCAAGACUUCUUGACGGAGGCUUUUGAGAUAGAUCAUAAAGCAAGGCCGGCUGCGGCUGAGCUCUUGAAACACCCUUGGAUAAACGCAACGUGAUACUUUCUGUGCUGAUAUCUUCGAACUUUUUCCCCCUUUGGUAGCUUAUUCUUAGGAACAUUUUUUGCGUUUUUACUUAUAUACUUUAUUUUUGUUCACCUAUGCUAUCUUCGCUGUACUCGGGUAGAAAGGAAAUCACUGUAUGAUAACACAUAUAUCCUGACAGAUAUAGAAGACCUCAAUCUUCUGCCUUACGCU